UCAAUUCAACCCUUUCCCAUACGCUCUCUCUCUAAAACCCACACACACUCUCUCUCUCUAAGAAUUUUCACACCCAAAAUAACGGCAUAUUCUCUUCUCUUUCUCCCCAUCUCUCUCUUUUGCUCCCAACUUUUCUUGGAAAAUCCUUCAAACCAAACCCAAAAAACCCUUCAAAAUUAUCAAUUUUCCCGGGAACCAAACAGCACUUAGAGAAUUUUUUGAUUCAGAUUAAGGGUUGUUCUCUUAAUUUGUUUUUGAAAUUUUUUCUUUUGUGGGUGUCUGGGGACUGAUUCAAAAGAAUGGUGGUGAAGAUGAUGAGGUGGCGUCCAUGGCCUCCUCUGACCACGAAGAAGUACGAAGUGAGGCUUGUGGUGCGGAGGUUGGAGGGCUGGGAUCUGGUGCGGGAGGCUGCAGGUGGGGCCGACCCACUGGAGAAAGAGGACAAGUGGACGGCGGAGAUUAUGUGGAAGGGAUCGAAGGUCAAGGUCGGGGCCUUGAGCUCUCUCAGGCGUGCCAUCGUCAAGAGGAACUUUACCAGAGAGGUCGAGGCUUCUUCCGAAAACGGUGUCAUUCAGUGGGACGAGGAAUUUCACAGCGUUUGCUCUUUCUCGGCUUACAAGGACAAUGUGUUUCACCCUUGGGAGAUCGUCUUCACUGUCUUCAAUGGUUUGAAUCAAGGGCCCAAAAAUAAGGCUCCUGUUGUUGGAACAGCAUCAGUGAACCUUGCUGAAUUUGUUUCGGAAGCUGAACAGAAGGAGCUUCAGUUAAACAUCCCCCUCACAUCAUCUGGUGCUGCUGCUGAGCCAUGCCCCUCACUUUGUAUAUCACUCAGCUUAUUGGAACUAAGAACUGCUCAAGAAAUCACAGAGCCAGUGCAAAGAUCACUCGUGCCUGUUCCAUCACCGCCUCAGUCAGCAGAGACUAUCUCGACAGAAAAAGAUGAGCUUUCUGCUCUUAAAGCUGGGCUUAGAAAAGUAAAGAUUUUUACCGAGUAUGUGUCUGCUAGAAAAGCAAAAAAGCCCUGUCGUGAGGAGGAUGGCAGUGAGGGUAGGUGCUCUGCCAGGAGUGAGGAUGGUGAGUAUAACUAUCCUUUUGACUCUGAUUCACUGGAUGAUUUUGAGGAAGGUGAAUCAGAAGAGGUCAAAGAGGAUUCCACUGUUAGGAAGUCAUUCAGUUAUGGCACACUGGCUCAUGCAAAUUAUGCUGGAGGAUCAAUUUACUCCAAUAUGAGAAUCAAUGGUGAAGGUGAGGAUUGGGUUUACUACAGCAAUCGUAAAUCAGAUGUGGGGUGCUCACAAGCUGAGGAUUCAACUGCAUCAGUCUCUGAGCCCUCUGCAAGUUCAAAGCGAGGCUUACUAUCAUGGAGGAAGAGAAAGCUGAGCUUCAUUCGCUCUCCUAAAGCCAAAGGAGAACCAUUGUUAAAGAAGGCCUAUGGUGAAGAAGGUGGUGAUGACAUUGAUUUUGAUCGUCGGCAGCUUAGCUCCGAUGAAUCCCUAUCUCUCGGGUGGAACAAGACGGAGGAGGAUUCAUCUGCUAAUCGGUCGUCAGUGUCUGAAUUUGGAGAUGAUAAUUUUGCCAUAGGUAGUUGGGAGAACAAGGAAGUGACAAACCGUGAUGGACACAUGAAGCUUCAAACUGAGAUCUUUUUUGCUUCUAUCGAUCAGCGAAGUGAGCGAGCAGCAGGUGAGAGUGCAUGCACAGCUCUUGUAGCAGUAAUUGCUGAUUGGUUUCAGAAUAACCGAGAGCUCAUGCCCAUAAAGUCCCAGUUUGAUAGUCUGAUUCGAGAAGGCUCAUUAGAAUGGAGGAAUCUUUGUGAAAAUGAGACCUAUAGGGAGCGAUUUCCGGACAAGCACUUUGAUCUUGAAACAGUCCUUCAAGCCAAAAUACGUCCUCUUUCUGUAGUUUCGGGGAAAUCCUUUAUUGGUUUUUUCCAUCCUGAGGUAGUGGAAGAGGGACGAUUUGACUUUUUACAUGGUGCAAUGUCCUUUGAUAACAUUUGGGAUGAGAUUAGCCGUGCUGGAUCAGAAUGUGCUAGCAAUGGUGAACCUCAAGUUUAUAUUGUCAGCUGGAAUGACCAUUUCUUCAUCCUCAAGGUGGAAGCAGAAGCUUAUUACAUCAUUGAUACACUAGGGGAGAGGCUCUAUGAGGGAUGCAACCAGGCGUAUGUCUUAAAGUUUGACAGCAGCACGAUAAUUUACAAAAUGAAAAAUAUCGCAGAAUCAUCUGAUGAUAAAACAACCAGUGAUCAAAUUGUGGCAGGAGCAGGUGAAUCCAAGAACCAGCAGGCCCAGCAAGCCGAACAAGUCAAUGAAAAGGAGGAAGGACCAACAGUAGAGGCAGAGAUAACCAAGCUGGAGGAGCAGAAGGAGGAAGAGGAGGUUGUGUGUCGAGGGAAGGAGUCAUGCAAAGAGUAUAUAAAGAGCUUUUUGGCUGCAAUUCCAAUAAGGGAAUUGCAGGCAGAUAUCAAGAAAGGGCUAAUGGCAUCCACACCUCUUCAUCACCGGUUACAGAUUGAAUUCCACUACACCCAGUUCUUAAAACUGUUGCCUACUACUCCGGUAGCAGAAGUGAUGGCAAAUGCUUCACAAAGUCUCGAACUUUCCACAACAGAGGUCGCUGCAUAAAUUAUAGGAAGUGUGAUUACUCUAACUGUAUUGUUUUUUUCCUUUGUUUUUUCCCUUCAACUAAGAGUUCUUAAUGGGAACAGGGUUUUAACCAAUAGGAAAGUUGUCUUAAGCUUUUUGAGUGGCAUGGGAGAGGUAGAGCUUGUAUCCCUUUCUAAUUUAGGCUGGAAAUGAAAGUGUAUGAUCUAGGCUGGAAAUGAAAGUGUAUGAUUUUAGGCUGGAAAUGAAAGCGUGUGUUUCCACGGUUGGAGCUUUGUGCUUGUUAA